CGAGUGCACUUGAGAGGAACAGACGUAAAGUCGAUCACGAACGAGCUGGCGAACCCGCCCGAAGUCGCGUGUGGCAACAGCGAAGAAAAGAGCGCGCGAGAGGGCGAAAGGGGUGAGGAGCGUGGCAGCGUCGGUAUACGUCGAAUAGUCAUCCUCGAAUGGUGUGCUUCUCGAUAGCGUCAUUAACGUUCUACGAGAAGGUUCGUAGGUGACAGUGGCGGCGGUGGUCUCCGGGCGGAUACGUGAAAGCAGAAGAGAGACGGCUCGUGAAUAAUAGAACACAAAGGCGAUUGCGGCGGUGGCGAAGGUGGGAGAAGGAGAAUCGGACGACGGUGAGGAGGAGGGGAGGCGGCAGGACGUGAGGCGACGUGCGGCAACAACGAACGUGUGAAAUCGUCCGUGCGCGUCACCGUGCUGAUCUGUCUUCUGGUGUCUUCGUCGUUGCCGUCGGCGUAGCCGAGGUGCAGCUACGUGGUCAAGCCGUGUGCGCGGCGUCGGUGAAGUAGCUGACGGCAGAGUCAAGAGAAAGGAGGAAAAGGAGAGGCGAAGAGGAGAAGAGUGAGAGCGGGCGAUAGAGGGAGAGCGUGAGAGAAAGAAAGAGAGAGAGAGAGAGAGUGUGUGUGUGAGAGUGAGUGAGACGGAAAGGGAGGGAAAGGAAGAGAGAAAGAAAGCGCGAAGAGAACGGAACAAUCAGGGGAAACAAUCGACGGGCACACGUAAUCGACGGCGUGACUCCGUGAAGUCCGAUGUCUAGUGCUGAGGUGGCGGAGAGCUCCGUUGAUCCCCCAGCCAAGAAGCGACGCGUUGCUGCUGCCAGCACGACGGGAAGUACCGACGACGAGCAGCCGCUGACGACGAACGCGGACAUGGCGAAGGCGAACGGCUCCACGAGUAGCGGCUCCAGUACUGUGUCACGUGCCGGCGGCCCGGCGGAGAUCGACGAGGGCCUUUACUCACGGCAGCUCUAUGUCCUCGGUCACGACGCCAUGCGCCGCAUGGCUUCUUCAGACGUACUCAUCUCGGGCCUGGGUGGCCUCGGCGUCGAAAUAGCCAAGAACGUCAUCCUAGGUGGUGUUAAGUCGGUCACCCUGCAUGACGAUGCUGUCUGCAAACUAGCCGACCUGGGCUCGCAGUUCUAUCUCACGCGGUCGGAUGUAGAUGAAAAUCGCGCAGCCGCAUGCUGCCAGCGGCUGUCGAAGUUGAACAACUACGUGCCAACUCGCCAUUACUCCGGACCAUUGAACGAUUCAUACAUUCAGCAGUUCAAAGUCGUGGUACUGACGGAGACGUCGCUCUCGGAGCAGCUGCGCAUCUCGCAGAUCACUCGGGCCAACGACAUCGCCCUGAUCAUCGCCGACACCCGCGGCCUCUUCUCUCAGGUGUUCUGCGAUUUCGGCGAGACAUUCACGGUUGUGGAUACCAAUGGCGAGCCGCCGGUCAGUGCGAUGGUCGCCAGUAUAUCCCACGACAGCGAAGGAGUCGUCACAUGUUUGGACGACACACGUCACGGCAUGGAGGAUGGCGAUUACGUCACAUUCUCCGAAGUGCAGGGCAUGACUGAGUUGAACGGUUGUGAGCCGAUUAAGAUCAAGGUGCUGGGACCGUACACCUUUAGCAUUGGCGACACCGCCAGCUUCUCCGAGUACGUUCGCGGUGGCAUCGUGACGCAGGUGAAGAUGCCGAAGACCCUGCGCUUUACGCCGCUGGAGGACGCAUUGAAGAAACCCGAGUUCCUUAUCACGGACUUCGGCAAGUUCGAUUAUCCGGAACAGUUACAUCUGGCCUUCCUGACGUUGAAUCAGUACGAGUCUGCCAAAGGCACGUUGCCGCGGCCCUGGAACCAGGAGGAUGCCGACGAGUUUGUCGCGAUUGCCAACACGGUCAAAGAGACAUACGGCUUCGAGAUGGAGAUCAACGACGAACUGCUAGGCAUCUUCGCCAAGGUGUCGGCCGGCGACUUAAACCCCAUGAAUGCCACGAUCGGCGGUAUCGUAGCCCAGGAGGUGAUGAAAGCCUGCUCCGGCAAGUUCCAUCCUAUAUACCAAUGGUUAUACUUCGACGCGUUGGAGUGCCUGCCUGCCGAUCGUUCGGAGCUUACCGAGGAGGAUUGCUGUCCCACAGGAUCUCGUUACGAUUCUCAGGUGGCCGUUUUCGGCCGGAAGUUCCAGUCCAAGAUCGGCGACCUGAAGUACUUCGUUGUGGGCGCGGGGGCGAUCGGUUGCGAGCUACUGAAGAACUUCGCCAUGAUCGGCGUAGGCGCGGAAAGCGGCAGCGUGACGGUGACGGACAUGGACCUGAUCGAGAAGUCCAACCUGAAUCGGCAGUUCCUCUUCCGGCCUUCCGACGUUCAACGGUCGAAAUCGUCGACGGCGGCGCGCGUGAUCAAGGGCAUGAAUCCGGAUAUGAAGGUGAUCGCCCACGAGAACCGCGUGUGCCCGGAGACGGAGAAGAUCUACAACGACGACUUCUUCGAGGCGCUGGACGGCGUCGCGAACGCUCUGGACAACGUGAACGCGCGCAUAUACAUGGAUCGCCGUUGCGUCUACUAUCGCAAGCCCCUCCUCGAGUCCGGCACUCUCGGCACCAAGGGCAACACCCAGGUGGUGGUGCCGUUCCUCACCGAGUCGUACAGCUCGUCGCAAGACCCGCCGGAGAAGAGCAUACCGAUCUGUACGCUGAAGAAUUUCCCAAACGCGAUCGAGCAUACGCUGCAAUGGGCGCGCGACAGCUUCGAGGGUCUGUUCCGUCAAGCGGCCGAGAACGCCGCGCAGUACAUCACGGAUUCGCAGUUCGUCGAGCGGACGCUCAAGCUGCCCGGCGUACAGCCGCUCGAAGUAUUGGAGUCCGUGAAAACGGCGCUGGUGGACGAGCGACCUACCACGUUUGCCGAGUGUGUCGAGUGGGCGCGUUGCCAUUGGCAGGAGCAGUACAGCAAUCAGAUCCGUCAACUGUUGUUCAAUUUCCCGCCGGACCAGGUGACCUCGAGCGGCCAGCCCUUCUGGUCCGGCCCGAAACGCUGCCCGGACCCGUUGGUCUUCGACGUCAACGAUCCCCUGCACAUAGAUUACAUCGUUGCCGGCGCGAAUCUCAAAGCCAAAGUCUACGGGAUCCCCAUCAAUCGCGACAGGGAAGAAAUCGUCGGCAUCUUAGCCAAUGUGAAGGUGCCCGACUUCACACCGAAAUCCGGCGUCAAGAUAGCCGAGACGGACUCACAGGUACAAGUGUCGAACGGCAGCGGUAAUAUCGACCACGAGCGGCUGGCGCAAUUGCAAGAGGAACUGCCGAAGGUGGAGGAGCUGAACGGGCUGGCUAUCUAUCCGCAAGAGUUUGAGAAGGACGACGACACCAAUUUCCACAUCGACUUCAUCGUCGCUGCGUCGAAUCUGCGCGCGACCAAUUACAAAAUUCCGCCGGCCGAUCGGCACAAGAGCAAACUGAUCGCCGGUAAGAUCAUACCGGCGAUCGCCACCACGACGUCCGUGGUGGCCGGUCUCGUCUGUCUGGAGUUGUACAAGCUGGCGCGCGGCGUGCGUGACCUCGCCCUCUACAAGAACGGCUUCGUGAACCUGGCGCUACCGUUCUUCGGCUUCAGCGAGCCGAUCGCCGCACCUAAGCUCAAGUACUACGACAUCGAAUGGACACUGUGGGAUCGCUUCGAGGUGAAGGGCGAGCUUACGCUCAAGGAGUUCCUCGACUACUUCAAGGAGCGCCACAAUCUCGAGGUCACGAUGCUAUCGCAGGGCAUCUGCAUGCUCUACUCGUUCUUCAUGGCGAAACCGAAGUGUCAGGAGCGCAUGGGCCUGCUGAUGUCCGAAGUGGUGAAGAAAGUGUCGAAGAAGAAGCUCGAGCCGCACGUGCGCGCCCUCGUGUUCGAGCUGUGCUGUAACGACGAGGACGGGAACGAUGUCGAGGUGCCGUACGUCCGUUACACUCUACCUUGACUCGCACGAACAACAUCGGAUCGCGCCAGAUGUCUACUUAACUGACUUAGCCAUAGUGAUUUCUACAAAUUUCUAUAUUUUACGAUAAUACCGCGCGUAAAAGAAAAAAAAGAAAAAGAAAGAAAACACAGGGGACACGUAUCGAUCCUCGCAAACGUCUGUGUGUGUGAGGCAACUCACUUUCCUUUCCUUCCUUUUUUUCAUUUCCACGUCUGGAGCGCGAGACGUGAAUUCUUUAUUGUCGUUAGAGUGCUUUAGAAAUAGCGAUUUCGAGCAGCUAGCACGCGCAACAGCGAGGUCGAUCGUACGUUUAGGUUGUAAACGGCCGAGAAUCGUCUUCUCUUUUCGUCGGCUAUUUUGAAGCGAACGUUGCGAAUUGUAACGUCAGAAGUGAGAAAUCGUGUGCGGACAACGUUUCCUUUCGAUAUUGUUGUAUCUUCGCUAUAUCGGACGUCCGUUUUACGAUGGUCGCGUAUUCCCUCAUUUGCUUGAUGGUAGAACAAGCUUUCUUGGAUUUAUGGAACAACAAAUUCUUGCUUUUUAAUCGUUGGACAAUUAAAAUCAGGUAAAAAGAUUCCGUAAAAAGAAAGUACUUUUUAUCGCAUGAUUAAAAUGUAAAAAGGUGGCGGCCAUUCCAAACGAGAUAUUCUUUGUGCUCACAUAAUCAAACAUACACCUGUCGAGUCAAGAAGUGGUGUACGAGAAAUUGCUGUUCAAAAUGAUAAGUAAAAAUUAGUUUCUUAACAUUGAUAUGUUGAGCAUAUUAUAUUAAUUUCAAAUUACGUAAGCUUCUCUUGUAUAAGUGCUUCUUGUGAAAGACCAAAUGAGUCAAUCGUGAAAACAGAUAUUGCGUGAAGAAAUAAUAAGAUAAAAAUCCUAAAAUAUUUAUUUCAUUCAUUGUUCGUUGCUUUUGUAGGUUUUUUUUUUUAAUCUUUCAAGGUUCUUGUUAAUUUAUUUUUUAUAAGUUUAUGUGAAAAUCAAAUAAGUUACUGUGAAACAAAUUUAUAAUAAAUUAGAGAAAACAGAUUUCGGAAAUAAAAAAUGUGUGGAUAUAAAAAAUUUCUUGUGAUUUUUUAAAUAAAAUUUACAUUGACGUAAUAGAAGACUGUAACGUUAAAGUAAAUAAUUGGAGAUAAUGGGAAUAGAAUCUAUUGAGGAUAGAAUGCGUCCGGUUCUCUCGCUUCUGACGUUACGAUUCCGUACGUAUAUAAUAAUCACAACGACGAAUCUCCGGAGCCUCGGCUCAACUGCCUGGCUAAAUUUAAUUUCCGUUAUCUGUAUUUAUGCCUUUCGGCCAGAUCUUGCUCACGAUACGCUAUAUGGAGUCGCUAUCGAAUGGAGAAAAAGAAAACGCAAAAUGCGCGGUACUAAAUUUCUAUAAUGAAGGAUAUAUACAGAGUGUACCAUAACUUGUCGCUUUAAUUUUAACGGCAGAUUCUCGGAUAAAUUUUCCUAAGCAAAAUAUCGAAGUAUAAAAAGAACGAUUCGGAGAAUCGCUAACGAUUAAAACAAGGGAAUUGUUCGCGAGCUAAAUUUUUCAGAGGAAAGAAUUUGUAAGAAAAAACCGUGUGCCAAGCUCUCGGAUGAAUUUCAAAUAGACUGUUUCUGUAGAAAUUUAUUUAAUUUCACGUCGACCAACGAGGUCAUCGGUGACCGGCACUAUGCUUUCGCCACGUCUCGUUAAUUCACACGUAAAGCGUAACUAAUUGCGCCUCGUGAAUUAAAUAUGUAGCGAAAUAAGGAGCUAUUAUAACCAAGUAAUAAAUAUGUACGUUACACGAAA